AUGUUCACGCAAUCUGCCGCCUCGCCCACACCGCUGGGACCUGGAAAUCUGCCAGUCAACCCCAUUUCUGCGUCGUCGGCGCCGCCCUCCUCGUCGAGGAGUAGCCGUUUGCGAGGCCUGAGUUACCUCCGCCACUACACCCAAAGCCACCUCCUCUCCCGCGAGCACAGCUCUGCCAGCUCAACACCACAGGCAUCGUCACCAACAACGUCACAGUCUGUGAUAGCAGGGCCCGCUGCAGAUAGCACUACCAACCCUUCUUCCUCCACUCGAACCAACCGUUUCUCGCACCUCGUACCCGCGCUCGCUCACCCCCUCGGUCUACAACCCCCACCCUCGUCCUCGAUAGCAAGAAGUCACACCGCGCCCGAGACGGGAACAGCGUCCAACAACGAUCGAUCGAGCGGGUCGCCUCUUCUUCUCCCGCUCACCACUCCCGCCCCCGGGGUUGCAGAGAAUUCAGGUGCUGGCCCCCUAACCGGCGACAUGACACGAACGCGUUCUGCAACAACCGGCGAUGCCGCCGGCCGGCAAGAGGGCCCUAGCAUGGACUCAUUACCAUCCAUCCGCUUCAGCACUUUCUAUGACCCCCGCGCUACCCGCCCAUCCCUGAAGUUCAACCCCAUUUCGCGUACCCUACCGACCGGCACGGAAGUGAUACGUGUAGGCAGAUACUCGGAGCGAGACAACCAGGCCGAAGUUCCGUCAAACGUUCCUUCGGCAGCGCCCGUGGGUUUUAAGAGCAAGGUGGUUAGUCGGCGGCACUGUGAGUUCUGGUAUGAAGGCGGCAAAUGGUACAUUCGGGACGUGAAGAGCAGCUCGGGCACCUUUCUCAACCACAUCCGCCUUAGCCCUCCAGGCACAGAGUCGAAGCCGUACCCAGUCAACGAUGGCGAUAUUGUGCAACUUGGUAUCGAUUUCAAGGGCGGCGAGGAGAUGAUCUUUCGCUGCGUCAAAAUGAGGCUCGAGUUGAACCGUGGCUGGCAGAACAAGCUGAACGCUUUCAACAUGAACACCCAUAAGAGACUAAGAAACAUGACCUCAGGGUCGGCCAACAAUGGUUCGGCCCAGUCCUACUCGCAGGACUGCUCCAUAUGCCUGAACAGUAUCGCGCCCUGCCAGUGCCUCUUUGUCGCCCCAUGCUCGCACACAUGGCACUACAGGUGCAUCCGUUCGCUGCUCACCUCGCCCUCCUAUCCGAUAUUCAUCUGUCCCAAUUGCCGCGCCGCCGCCGAUCUUGAAGCAGAGAUUGAAGACCCCGAAGAGUGGGAGCAACUCGAUUCAGAUGAGGGCGGGCCGCAGCAGGAAGGUGCACGACUACAAGCCCCUUCUGCUAACGCCCUGGAUGCUCCACCCCGCAAAUCUAGGGAAUCCGUUCGGAGUUCAAGCCGCGUGGCGCUCUCACCAUCACUACCACAGCAGCAGCAGCAGCAGCAGCAGCAGCAAAACUCACCGCUCCUACGAACCGAGGUGCCGGAAGUGACCAUGCUACUCGAUGAUGACCCCCCCGCACAGCUCCCACUCCCCGCAUCCGCACCGAUUGACAUCUCCGCUUCCGCCGUCUCCUUGCCAUUGUCCUCAUCGUCGCCCAACACAACCUCGAACCCCAUGCCAAUCCCUGCUGCUUCGGCGGCACAGCAACGGAUUCUGGCCAGUGGCAGUGGUGGAAGCGAUGGGCGCCGUGGCAGCACGAGAACCCCAUCCCCGACCGGGGCGCCGGUACUGGCUAAUGGCCAUGAGGGUCCCAUCACGCCCAGGAAUGAUGCUGGCCCAUGGGUGUUUGAUGGGAGCGGCGUGCGGUUGAGGGCUGACGGGGUUGGGAGCGGAAACGCACAUGGAAGUGGGAGUGGGAUCGGCGCGGUAAAUAGUCUGGAGGCUGCUGUUACCCAGCCGCAACAGCAACAGCAGCAGGGAAGUGCUGGGCUUGGGAGUGGCCGGCUGAGGGAGGACGAUAUCUCGUAG